AUGCCACAGAAGAUAUCAAAGAUCAGUAUCACAGGAAUACCACAGGACAGUACUGCAGGAAUUGUCCUGCGAGGAUUCACCAAAUACUCCAAACUCCCGCCUUCCGAUUCCUCGCAAGAUAUUGUCCCCUACCAUGAAGAGGAGCCUGAACCAAUCACAAACGGUCAUUCCAAAACACAGGAAGUCAGUCAGCACGCGCAGAACGGGAGCAGAGUUCAAAGGCCGUCAGGGAAGGAUCCGAGGUCAUCCGCAAAUAAACCUCCGGCUACUGAUGGAGGUUAUGGAUGGUUCAUCUUGUUGGCAGCUCACUGCACGCUCAUCUUCAGAGAAGGUAUUGCUAAGUGCCUUGGUGUUUUCCUGCCAACUUUCCGAACAUAUUUCGAUGUGUCGACGUCUCUGAUUGGUUGGAUUAGUUCUCUCUGCGUCACGUUUGCUGAUUUUACAGGUUUGAUUAGUGGUCCGUUAUGCAGACGGUUUGGUUGUCGUCCCAUCGCCAUGGCUGGAGGAUUCUUUGGUGGCACUGGCCUCAUACUGGCAGCUGGUACCACUGAAGUCAGUCAGCUAUCAUUAUGUCUAUCACUGUCAGGUAUCGGGCUUGGCCUUGCUUUAACACCAAGUCUAACUAUGGUCGGACACUACUUUGAAAAAAGAUACAGUCUCGCCAACGGUCUAUCGUACGCAGGAUCUGGAGUUGGAAUCCUGGUACUAGCGCCAUUAGCACAGAUCCUUAUAGACACAUAUGGCUGGCGAGGAGGUCUCUUCAUUAUGGGGGCGUUGUGCUUCCAUGUCAGUGUGUGUGGCGCCCUCUUGCGUCCAAUCAAAGUCAGACGUUCCGAUAGACGGCGAAAAGACAAGAUGGAGUAUAAAUCGGUUGAGGUUGAAUCCGACGACUGUGUUGACGAAAAAGAAUAUGUUUCGAAAGGAAUAAUGUGUGAUCUCGGCCCAGAGGAUAAUGAUGAAGACGAAGAUGAUGAUAGACCUAUUCCGAUGAACAAUGGUUUUAAAGAGAGCCAGUAUCAAUCUAACGAAUCUUUUGAGCUAAAACAUAUAAAGCAAAGCGAAACAGGAAACACAUACGAGGAAAGCGAGGGGUGUUUAGGCAAUGGUGAAGAACGAUCAGUAACUGAUGUCGAAAAAUGUGCAAAUAUAGAAAGUAACGAUGACGACGACAACGAGCCUUCGGAGACAAGGGCCGAACGUUGCCACUCACUUCUUGGCCUAUCUCUAUUCAAGGACGUAUACUUUAUCAUACUAAUGAUAGUGCAAUUCUGUGGGCGAUUUGUCUAUAUGGGUUGGCUUAUAUACCUCGUUCCACAUGCCCAGGAAAAGGGGAUUGCUCCUCUCCAAGCCACCUUUAUAGCAUCUGUCGCCGGUGUCUCAAACAUUGUCGCUCGGGCCGGUCACGGUUUGAUAGUUGACUAUAAACUACUUACUGCUGCUCAACUUCUUACUAUAGCUUCCUUCAUGUCAGCUUUGCCUAUGUUGCUUGACCCUGCGUUGAAUACAUAUGGUGUCCUCAUCGCAGCCUCUCUAACCUAUGGAGCUGCUAGUGGUGUGUUCUUCCCUAUUGCCGUAGUUGUUAUCAAACAGUCGAUAGGUAUGGAAAGGUUUCCUAAUGCUCUUGGCUGGUCGUACGGAUUCGCUGGGAUCGGACGGAUGUCGGCUGGCUUCCUCACAGGUUGGCUGUUUGAUCACUUUGGAAGUUAUGACCAAUCCUUUAUCCUCCUUGGGAUCAUACAGACAUUCGCAUCAGCAUUGCUCAUCAUCUUACUAUGCCUCAAUAAGCGGAAAAUGAAGAAGGAGAAGGAGGAAAAUAAACCUUAAUAUUAUUUAAUUCAACCUUGUCACCAAUAUAUCUUCCUUAUACUGUCAUGGUAGACAUAUUACAUUGUGGUUUAUACCGAUGGCAACCCUGGACCAUUAUCUUCUUGUCCUUUACUUUUUAAAUUUUGUGCAUGUACAAAUUGGGUAACAAAUAAAGGGAGUUUUUUUUACUAAGAUAUUCCGUGGCAGAAGGUUCAAACAGCAUUGCUUAGAAUUAUGCUAAUACUUAAACGUACAUUGUUUUGGUGAUAUUUCAUCAAAUAGAAAUGAUCGUUUCCUCUCAUCCCGAUAAUAUAUAGCACUAUGUACCUUUGGGAAUGGGGUGGCGUGAGUGAGAACGCUAGGCUAUCGUGAAGUGCAAAUCAUGUGCCCGCGCGCGCGAGCACACACACACCCUCACGCACGCACGCGCCAACUUAUCUUAUUCCCCAAGAACGCAAAACCACACUCUAAAAAGUAAAGUGCUAAUCCAGCACCAAAGGAGCUUGUAUAGUGACUGCACUUCGGAGUGCUGAGUUUGUAAUGUAAAUUUGAACUAGAAAAUGAGCACUCCGAAGUGCACUCACUAUACAUGCUAUACAAGCUCUUAGUAAGUGCUACAUGUAAGUUGGCACUUCAUUUUUAGAGUGCAUUACAAGCAAGAAAUUUCAAUGUAUUUAAUACAUGUAGGGCAUGUUAUCUUAAGAAAAAAGGUUCAUGAUAUCACUAAAUACAAUCAGUAUGUGAAUGGUACAUUUAGUUAGGUGGGUGUUGCAAAUAUACUUAAAAAUUUACCUUCUUCUUAAAGGUGAUUGCCUUUUUAUGAUGUAUCUAUUUCUUCAAAACUCCACGUGUUGUGUGGUAUAGAAAGUUUCAACCAAUCACCUACUCUGCGUGUGGGCCGGGCAGAUGCUUAGUUGCAUACAACUGUCGUUUUACGUACUUAAUAUAACGAAGGUGCAUUGCAAAAACUCAGGUAUUGAUUUAACACCAGCCUGGAAUAUAUAUUCCACACCAGAGAAGUGUUAAACAACACCAGUUUGGUUUUGGUCUAACACCAGAUAGCUGUUUAUACAACACCAAUUAGUAUUAAAACAGCAUCGGUUUGAUUCCAAACUGAUGUUGUUUCAAUACUUCUCUGGUGUGGACAUAUAUAGAUUCCGGUCUGGUGUUAAAUCAACACCGGAGUUUUUGCAGUGUGGCACUAUGAUUUAGUAUAGUAAACAAAAGGAAAGAAGAGGAGAAAAGAUAUAGAAGGGACGUGGAAAGGAAUAGUGAGCGAGUUAGUUCAGUCGUUAGAGCGUCUGCAUGUCGAACCUAACGUCGUGGGUUUGAAUCCACCCCGGGCCGGCGAAUGAAGUCUGCGUUGUGUGUAAAACUGCCCCUCCCUUGUUGCAUAAAUGUAUGGCUAUGAUACAGAGGAAAACAAUAUGUUCCUCGGAUAGGACUUUAAUUGGAGGCCGCCUGAAGAGGAGAGUCACCGCCUUUUCACGUUAAGAACCUGCUGCACUAUUGGUACAAGAGUAGGAAAAACCCUGGUAGAGUAGUCCACCUGGACAUCCCCUCCCCCCAUCACUGUUUUAUCGAGAGGAGAGUCCAUCGGGUCAU